AUAACAUCACCCUGGGUUCUCCAGGAGACAUCCCCAUUACUCUACGUGUACAUCCAGUACCUCACAGGGCAGAUAUAUUAUCUGAUCACUGUAAGCUUGAGGAAUGUUCCCCUGAUACCUCCAAUACUGCUACACACAGUACAGCUUGCAGAGGCGAUAAAAAACGUAUUUGUUGUGAGUGUGGGAAACGUUUCACACGCAAAUCAAGUCUUGUUAAACAUCAGAGAACUCACACAGGCGAGAAACCAUUUCCCUGUCCGGAGUGUGGGAAAUGUUUUGCUCAGAAAUCGAAUCUCGUUAAACAUCAGAGAUGUCACACAGGUGAGAAACCAAUUUCAUGGGAAAUGUUUUACGGAGAAAUCACAUCUUGCUGCACACCAGAGGACUCACACAAAUGAGAAGCCAUUUCCGUGCUCUGAGUGCAGUAAAUGUUUUAGAACGAAAGCAAAUCUUGUUGAACAUCAGAGAAGUCACACGGGGGAGAAGCCGUUUCCAUGCUCUGAGUGUGGGAAAUGUUUUACAUUGAAAUCAAAUCUGGUUGCACAUCAGAGAAGUCACACCGGAGAGAAGCCAUUUUCAUGUUCUGAGUGUGGGAAACUUUUUACGCAGAAAUCUAGUCUUGCUAAACAUCACAUAACUCACACAGGUGAGAAACCAUUUCCAUGCUCUGAGUGUGGGAAAUGUUUUACACAGAAAUCAAUUCUUGUUACACAUCAAAAAAUACAUGAGAAAAUAAUUCACACAGGUGAGAAGCCAUCUCAAUGUACUGAGUGUGGGAAAUGUUUUACACAGAAAUCGGAUCUUGUUAGACAUGAAAGAAGUCACACAGGGGAAAAGCCAUUUCCAUGUUCUGAGUGUGGGAAAUGUUUUAAACUGAAAUCCCGUCUUGUUACACAUGAGAGAAGUCACACAGGUGAGAAGCUAUUUCCAUGUACUGAGUGUGGGAAAAGUUUUACACAGAAAUCAGAUCUUGUUAUACAUGAGAGAAGACACACAGGGGAAGAGCCAUUUUCAUGUUCUGAGUGUGGGAAAUGUUUUAAACAGAAAUCGGGUCUUGUUGUACAUGAGAGAAUUCACACAGGUGUGAAGCCAUUUCAAUGUACUGAGUGUGGGAAAUGUUUUACACAGAAAUCGGAACUUGUUAGACAUGAAAGAAGUCACACAGGGGAAAAGCUAUUUCCAUGUUCUGAGUGUGGGAAAUGUUUUAAGCAGAAAUCACAUCUUGUUACACAUGAGAGAAGUCACACAGGUGAGAAGCCAUUUCCAUGUACUGAGUGUGGGAAAUGUUUUACACAGAAAUCAGAUCUUGUUACACAUGAGAGAAGACACACAGGGGAAAAGCCAUUUUCAUGUUCUGAGUGUGGGAAAUGUUAUAAACAGAAAUCGGGUCUUGUUGUACAUGAGAGAAUUCACACAGGUGAGAAGCCAUUUCAAUGUACUGAGUGUGGGAAAUGUUUUACACAGAAAUCUGAUCUUGUUGUACAUGAAAGAAGUCACACAGGGGAAAAGCCAUUUUCAUGUUCUGAGUGUGGGAAAUGUUUUAAACAGAAAUCACAUCUUGUUACACAUGAGAGAAGUCACACAGGUGAGAAUCCAUUUCCAUGUACUGAGUGUGGAAAAUGUUUUUUAUUUUCACCAAUUUUUGUUAGGCAUCAGAGAAUUCACACAGGCCAGAGGUCAUUUCCAUGCUCCGAGUGUGGGAAAUGUUUUACAUAUAAGUCACGACUUGCUUUGCAUCAGAGAAUUCACACAGGGGAGAAGCCUUUUUCGUGUUCUGAGUGUGGGAAAUGUUUUACACGUAAAUCAUAUCUUAUUUCACAUAAGAGAACUCACACAGGUGAGAAGGUAUAUUCAUGCUCUGAGUGUGGGAAAUGCUUCGCACAAAGAUCUACUCUUAUUUCGCAUGAGAGAACUCACACAAGUGAGAAGGUAUAUUCAUGCUCUAAGUGUGGGAAAUGUUUUACACAUAAAACAUCUCUUCAUGCACAUGAGAGAAGUCACACAGGUGAGAAACCAUUUCCAUGUUCGGAGUGUGGGAAAUGUUUUCAACAUAAAUCAUCUCUUGUUGCACAUCAGAAAAGUCACACAGGUGAGAAAGUAUUACCAUGUUCUGAGUGUGGGAAAUGUUUUACAUGUAAAUCAAGUCUUGUUACCCAUCAGAGAAGUCACACAGGUGAGAAACCAUAUUCAUGCUCUGAGUGUGGGAAACGGUUUACAAAGAAAUCCAAUCUUGUUGAGCAUCAGACACAUCACACAGGUGAGAAACAAUUUCUGUGCGCUGAGUGUGGGAAAUGUUUUACAUAUAAAUCACGUCUUCUUAUACAUCAGAGAACACACACGGGUGAGAAGUCCUUUUCAUGCUCUGAGUGUGGGAAAUGUUUUAUUCAUAAGUCACGUCUUGCUGAACAUCAGAGGACACACACAGGUGAGAAGCCAUUUCCAUGUUCUCGGUGUGGGAAAUGUUUUACACAGAAAUUUAGUCUUGCUGAACACCAGAAAACUCACACAGGUGAGAAACCGUUUUCAUGUUCUGAGUGUGGGAAAUGUUUUACACAGAAAUUACAUCUUCUUAGACACCAGAAAGUUCAUGAGAGAAAAACAAUCUGAGUAUAUACAGUAGUAAGCCGUUAUUGAUUAGCUACACCUCUUGUAUCUUGAACGUCUUCUAUUGGAGUAAGAAGGUGCAUGUGCUGGGGUUGCCUAGUUGGCCACAUUUCGGUUUUAUCCACAGCUUAGCAAGUUUCCGAAAACUGUUACACAUUUUGCAUUUACGAGUUAGACACCAUUCUCUUAAGUCCUAGUGGAUACUGGGGAACUGUACUUUAGUACCAUGGGGUAUAGAUCGGGUCCACUGGAGCCUGUCACUUUAAAACCUUUAGUGUGUGUAUGUGUGUGCUGGCUCCUCCCCUCUAUGUCCCUCUUACCAGACUCAGUUUAGAAAAAUGUGCCCAAGGAGCCGGGUGCAUCUCUCUGGAGCUCCAGAGAGUUUCCUUUAGUUUUAGUUUAUUGUUUUUCAAUUAGUCCUGGUUGGCAACCAGGCUACCUGCUUCGUGGGACUUAGAGGGGGGACCGAACCAACCUCCUGAGGGUUAAUGGUUCGUAAUCCCAGCUGACAGGAAGCUGAGCUCCUGAGGUGCUGAUCACACAUCGUUAGUAUGUGUGCCCAUGCCAGCAGCGAGCUGCCACCCUCUAACACAGAGGUUCUCAAACUCGGUCCUCGGUGGCACACACAGUGCAUGUUUUGCAGGUCUCCUCACAGAAUCGCAAGUGAAAUAAUUAGCUCCACCUGUGAACCUUUUUUUAAAUCUGUCAGUGAGUAAUUAAUACACCUGUGCACCUGCUGGGUUACCUGCAAAACAUGCACUGUGUGUGCCCCCGAGUAUCGAGUUUGAGAACCUCUGCUCUAACAGAUGUGGAAGAUCGCAGAUGCGGUGAGUGUUAACACAGGGGUCCCGGUUAGCGGGUCCCCGGUGCAGUUUAGCGGCAGGUCACGCAGCGAUCACAGGACACGAGCUGUGGUGCCCGCCGUGGACAUAUCUGGCUCAGGGCUCAUGCCCUGCCGUGCUCACUGCCCCUAAAGGCUUGUCUGUACUGAUAUUCAUAUGUGAAUUUCUCUCAGGGCAAGUAUAAUAUUGUGAUGGACCGCAAGGGGCGGGGCUUCCCGGAGCAGGACCAGAGGUGGGAAGGCACCAUUUCCUGCUGCUGCGGUUCAUCGAGGCUGCAUACACACUGCUCCUCCAGGGACGGUACCAGGGGAUCAUAGCAGGGGGGGGAGCACUACAGCGGUAGGGCUGCUGCACUUUUAUCAGGUUAUACACAUUAUUUCACACGCUGUGUUCUGUGUGCUGGUCUCCAUUCCUCAGUGUCACUCCAGGGGCUCUUUAGGGUCUGUGUGGGGGGGUUUUCCAGUGAGCUGUGCUGUAUUACAGUUGUGUCAAGAUGUCUGUUGACAUGGUUAUGUGUGCUGCUUGUAACUCUACCCCUUCAUCACCCCCUCAUGUGUGAGCAAUGUUCCUUGUUUCCUCAGGGACACAGUUCACAGGCACCUGACUGGCUAGAUCAUUUUAAAAGCAUGAUUCAGGAUGUAAAUUCUGAAUUAGCUGCAGCUAAAAAGGAGAGACAGGUGUUUAAGCAGUCUCUUGAUUGUAUGGCUAAAGCAGCAGAUACCAAAAAGGGUUCUCAGCCCCCUCUGUUGGUUUCACAUAAACGCUCACUGCCACAGGUGCUUCAGUCUGAUUCUGAUCAGCCUGAUGUGGAUGAUGAUAUGGAUGAGGAGAGCUCUCUGUCCCCUGGUAUGGAAGCACCCAUUUAUGCUGUUAAAGAGGUUCUUCACAUACCGGAUCAGGACGCAGGAUCAGAUGAGGAGGUAUAUUUUAAUGUUAGAUCUAAGUCACCUUUCCUGUGUCUAAAAAAUGAAAUUCCCUGGCCAGGGAAGCAUGAUUAAACCCUGAUAAGAAAUUUCAAAUUCCUCAGAGGUCUUUAGCUACUUUUCCACUCCCAACAGAGGACAGGAAGGUAUGGGAAAACCCACCGUCAGUCGACCCGUCUGUAUCCAGACUGUCUAAGAAAUUGGUACUGCCGCUGCCAGGGUCUGUCUCCCUUAAAUAGCCGGCUGCCCGUAAAAUUGAGACCACUCUCAAGGCAAUAUAUACGGCAACGGGCGUAUCACAGCAGCCCACAAUUGUUUGUGGGUGGAUUUCCAGGGCAGUUGUCAAGUGGUCUGAUUCUGUUAUUGAUGGUUUGGACUCUCUGCCCCAGGAUGAGAUUAUUACUCUGUUGCAACACAUACAGGAUGCUGCAAAUUUUAUGAGCGAGGCUAUAAAGGAAUUGUGUAAGAUAAAUGGCUGCACUACUGCUAUGGCUGUUUCGGCACGCAGAGCUCUGUGGUUAUGUCAGUGGUCAACAGAUGCUGAUGCCUUGUUUGGGGUUGAAUUGAAUAAAUGGAUUUCCCAGGUGACAGCGGGUAAGUCUACCAAUCUGCCAUCGGCUCCACCACCUGCUACAUUCUUACACAGGACCCUCCUUGCAGUCCGUUCGUGUCGCAAGGUUGAGAGGUAGGCCGGGGAGUCUCCACCCCUCCAAGAGGCACGUAUGGUAAGUCCCGUAAACCUGCAACUGAUGCAUCCCUGGACCAGACCACCGGUUCCCCUGCCGCUAAGCUUUCUGUGUGACUGUUGGCCCCAGCAGCAAGGCAACUUUCAGGUGGGUGUUCACCUUCAACACUUCGCCCAGGUGUGGGCGGUGUCCUGCCGGGAUCUUUGGGUGAGGGAUCUCAUUUCCCAGGGAUACCGGCUGGAAUUUCAAACUUCCUCCUCCCAGAUUUUUCAAAUCGGGCUUACCAGUUUUGUCCACUGCAAAAGUUACCUUGCAAGAGGCAAUUCAAAAGCUUUUGCGGACAUGGGUGGUGGUUCCAGUACCUCCUCCAUUACACAAAAGAGGGUUUUACUCCAGUCUUUUUGUCGUUCCAAAACCAGACGGUUUGAUGUGACCCGUCUUAAACCUGAAGUCCCUCAAUCCGUAUCUGCGGGAGUACAAAUUCAAGAUGGAAUCCCUGCUGGCAGUGGUGUCCAGUCUGGAGGACGGGGAAUUCUUAGUUUCCCUGGAUGUCAAGGAUGCUUACCUACACAUUCCCAUGGGGCCCCCUCAUCAGGCUUACCUCAGGUUUGCCAUCUUGGAUGACCACUUCCAGUUUCAUACCUUACCCGUUGGCCUGUCCACAGCUCCGAGGGUCUUCAUCAAAGUCAUGGCGGAGAUAAUGCUGCAACUGCGCAUGAUGGGAGUCAACAUAGUCCCCUACUUGGAUGAUCUCCUGAUAAAGGCUAUGUCCAGGGAGCGUCUCUUGCACAGCAUCGAUCUGACGACCCGCCUACUUACGGAUCAUGGGUGGAUUCUAAACUUCCAGAAAUCUCACCUGGAAUUGACCCAACGUCUCCAAUUCCUGGGAAUGAUACUGGAUACAGUGUCUCAAAAGGUAUUUCUCCAGAUGAACUAGGCCUUGGCCAUCCUGUCUUUAGUCCGCUCAGUGCUCCGUCCACGCAAGGUGUCCAUACAUCUUUGCAUACGUUUGCUGGGCAAGAUGGUUGCUGCUUAUGAGGCAAUCCAAUAUGGCAGAUUUCAUGCCCAGCCUUUUCAGCUGGAUCUGCUGGACAAAUAGUUGGGGUCUCACCUUCAUAUGCAUUAGGAAGUGACCUUAUCUCCGAAGGCCUGGAUUUCUCUUUUAUGGUGGCUACAAGUUCCUCACCUGGUAGAAGGCAGGAAUUUCAAAAUCCAAUCAUGGAUUCUACUGACAACGGAUGCUGGCCUCCAGGGUUGGAGGGCUGCGACCCAGGGGGCCCAGUUCCAGGGGAUAUGGUCAAGUCAGGAAUCUGCUCUACUGAUACACAUCCUGGAACUCCGGGCAAUUUACAGUGCCCUUCUGCAAGCUUUCUAUCUCCUGAGGGAUCAGGCGAUCCAGGUUCAAUCAGACAAAGCUACGGCUGUGGCGUACAUAAACCGACAAGGGGGAACAAGAAGCAGAGCAGCAAUGCGAGAAGUGUCAAAAAUCCUCCUCUGGGCGGAGGCCAACGCAAGGGCCAUCUCAGCCACAUACAUUCCAGGAGUGGACAACUGGGAAACAGACUUCCUCAGCCGACACGACCUUCAUCUGGGGGAAUGAGGCCUGCAUACCCAGGUGUUUCAACAGUUGAUUUACCGGUGGGGCUGUCCGCAGAUAGACCUGAUGGCUUCUCGUUUCAACAAGAAACUAUGCCAUUACUGUUCCAGAAUGAGGGAUCCACAGGCUGUAGCAGUGGAUCCGCUGACGACGCCUUGGACAUACCAGUUUGUGUACCUGUUCCGCUAAUCCCAAGGGUUCUAAAAAGACUAAGAAGGAAAAGUGUUCUAGCAGUUCUAAUUGCCCCGGAUUGGCCUCGGUGGGCGUUGUACUCGGACCUCCGAACCAUGGCUCUGGAGGAUCCCUGGCCUCUAUUGCUCCGACAGGAUAUUCUUCAACAAGGUCCGUUCAUCUAUCCAGUCUUACAGCGGCUACAUUUGACGGCUUGGAAGUUGAGAGGGAGAGUCUAGCAAGAAAAGGUAUUCCCUCCCGGGUUAUUUCUACCAUGGUCCAAGCCAGGAAGAUGGUGACGUCAAAACACUAUCAUCAUACUCGGAAAAAGUAUGUUUCCUGGUGUGAAAGUAGAAAGGUGUCUCCUGUGGAAUUUAGAAUUGGUUGUUUUCUACUUUUCCUGCAAACGGGAGUGGAUAUGAGCCCGUGUUUAGGCUCCAUCAAAGUCCAGCUUUCAGCGCUCUCUAUUUUCUUCCAGAAACAACUUGCCAUGUUGCCGGGAAGUACAUACCUUCCUAGAAGGUGUGCUUCAUAUGCAACCGCCCUUCGUGCUUCCCACAGCUAUGUGGGAUUUCAAUGUGGUCCUCUCCUUUCUUCAAUCGGACUGGUUUGAACCCUUACAUAGGGUAGAGUUUAAAUUUUUCACCUGGAAAACGGUGAUGUUAUUAGUAUUGGCGUCUGCAAGACAUGUCUCUGAAUUAGGGGCCUUAUCCUGUAAGAGCGCUUAUUUGAUUUUUCAUGAAGACAGGGCGGAACUCAGGACCCAUCCUGACACUUCUGUUGGCCCAGAAUCCUUUGAUGUGGUCCGGGCUCUGAAGAUUUAUGACAAAAGGACUGCUCAUCGUCGGAAAUCUGAUUCGCUAUUUGUCCUUUAUGAUGCCACCAAGAUUGGUCGACUGGCUUCUAAGCAAUCUAUUGCUCAUUGGCUCAGGUUAACUAUUCAACAAGCUUAUACUUCGGCGGCUAUGCCUUUGCCGACGUCUGUUCAUGCCCACUUGAUUAAAUCUGUUGGCUCUUUCUGGGCGGCUGCCCGGGGUGUCUUGGCCUUACAGUUGUACUAAGCUGCUACUUGGUCUGGUUUGAACACUCUGGUGAAAUUCUAACGGUUCUACACCGUUUUGGGAGCUUUGGGACUUCCCCAUGGUACUAAAGUACAGGUCCCUGGUAUCCACUAGGACAUAAGAGAAAAUAGGAAUUUAAUACCUAAGGAAAUUCUUUUUCUCGUAGGCCAUAGUGGAUACUGGGCGCCCGCCUCAGCGCUUCAUUUCCUGCUUACCUGAGUAAGUUUGGUUGGUCCGCUGUUACGGUCCUGUUAUGUUGAUGGGAUAGCUGUGCUAUCCUGAUUGGGUUGUUGUUGCUAUGCUCUGUUCUGGUUAGCGCCCUGCUUUUUUCGGUUAUGGUUGUGUGUUGGCUUGGUGCCAUACCGCUGUUGUAUCUGUUUUCUUCUCUCAUGGUAUGUCCAUCUCGUUGGGCACAGUUUCCUAGACUGGUAGGAAGGGCAUAGAGGGGAGAAGCCAGC